AUGGGGGCACAGAAGGGAUGCCAGGACAUGGGACGGCGCGAAGGUUUAGGGAGUCCUACCGCGGGAGGAGCUAGAGGCCACCACGACAGAUGGCCCAGCCCGGCCCUGCCCCUUCGUGUCACUGUCGGGGUUGGCGAGGAAGAAGAGGAGGAGGAGAAGAUCGGCGGAGUCCAGAGAAGGGUGGCGGGCUGCUUCUGCCGCUUACCUGUGGUGCCCGGGCAGAGCCGCAGCCGCGCGGCCGUGCAGCUCACCGGUUUCCCGACGGGACGUCCUGGAGGGCGGGGCCGGAGCGGGCCCUGCACGGCCGCUGAGGCGCGUCCUCCCCGCCCCUCCCGGGUCAGGUGCCGGGGGCCGAGCUCCCCAGCGUCGCUCGGCGCCGCGGAACGCCGGCUUGCUGCGGGGCCGCCCCGGGCCCAGGCACCCCGGCCCCGCCGCCGCGGCUGGGAGCCCGGCUGCUCCGGCUUCUCCAGAUCUCAGCAAGUUCCGGGGGCCGGUCUCCGCGGCCAGGCUCUCGGCGUCGAUAAAGAUUGGAGGGUCCUGGCCACCACAAAGACGACAGGCGUGAGCCGCCGGCGUGUGCUUGGAACCGCAGCGUGCGGCGCGCGGGCUCAGUGGCCGUGUGGCCGCAGCGCUCAGAGUCUGGAGGAAGAGGCUCGGGAGCAGAGAAACGCCGCCGGACAGAGAGGCACCCCAGGGCUCCGUCCCAGGCUCCAGUAUGGCUCAGCAUGGCGCUGCUCUGGGCUCUGGACAAAGAACCUGAAGAGAAUAGAAGAGGAAACAAGAAAAAGGAGGCGGUUAGAAGAGCGAGAGGAUGGAUUCUUUACCACUGAGCCACCACUGGGAAAACAUCUUCUAUAGUGAUGUUCAGUGAAAUGACUUUAAUGAAAGGAGAUGACCCUCCACGAUGUAAGUGGGCUGCAUCCAGUCACUCGCAGACCUUAACAGCACAGCCCGAGGUUUCCCUGGAAGAAUCAGUUCUGCCUCAAGACUGCAGCAUCGAAGUUCCGCCUGAGUUUGCAGCCUCCUGGCCUGCCCUACACAUUUCAGACAUGCAGGCCUUCACAGUUGUGUGAGCCAGUUCUUUAAAAUGAAUCUCUCUGUGCAUGUCUGGUUCUGUUUCUCUAGAGAACCCUGACUAGUCCAGUGGCCAUGUAUGAGAUAAGACUGUGGACAGGGGACAAGUACUCAAGGUGGAGACUUGAUAAGAAGAUACACAGCUCAUCACAAGUUUAGGCGCAGCUUGUCUAGCCCCCUUUGCUGCAGAAAACGCUGGCCUCUUUAUCCUUCGUGAAGACAGGUAUAAUGUAUCACAGGAAGCAGCCCCCUUUCUCUAGGAAGGAGUAGGAAUCUCCUUAAUGCUCUCUUCUGGAGUGGGGGCUGUCAGUGCUAUCCCCAUUUUCAUAUGUGAGCAGUUUAUAAACAUAGCAGAUCCCCAGAUCACAGUGACCCCCGGGUCUGAGCACUUUGCCAUGACUUUCUACGGUUCUCUCCAUUUGUUCAGGUCCUUGAUUUAUAGUCCUCAGAAAAGUUUUCUGGUUUUCUCCCUCUCCUUCCCUCCAAUCUGCACAGUUCUUAUUAAAACUAUUCCUUGGUAUUAUUAUUAUUA